UACGGGAGUCGGAUUUGGCAAAUCCGACUAGGGAAGGAAUGACAAUAAUUAUAAAGUGGUCUAAACACUUUAUUACUAAUACUGCAGAUAAGAGUAAUAGAGUAAGGGAAGGAAUGACAAUAAUUUUUUUCCCAUUCUCCUCAAUUCAACGUGAUCCUUUUAUUUAUACGCUAAAUGUGACUCUUUGAAAAGAGACAAUUUUUCAUUUCAAAACCAACUUUUGAGUUUUGAUCGCCACAAUGUCAUUCACUCGAGCAUUUUUUUUCGCACACCAUUUUUGCACAAUUAUUGAAAUCAAGACCUUUGAACUGCUCUGGCCAUUUUUCAAGCAGUUUGGAUUUUCCUCAAUUUCACACAAGCCAGAUUUCAGGAAACAAAUAUAAACAAAAACAAAUUUUUAUCAUCCCUUCACGGGUAAGCUCCUCCUCCCCUAUUCAGAUCCGCUUUUUCACUGACCCGCUUCUUCCCUCCCCGGAUCCAAAACAAGGUAAAUUACUCAGAGUGGGUGGCGCCCGGAGGGAGGGGUCGCUGCUGGGACGGAGUGCAGAAAGCAAUAAGCUGAGGUCCUCGCUGCUCGGACGGAGUGGGGAGGAGGCCGCCGAGAUGGUUGCUGAGCAAAAAUAUGAUUUGGAGGGCAAGGAAAGACGAAGAUCGAGGGACAGGUGCAGGGCCGGCCGGUGCUGAGCUUGUUGUCGCAGGUGACUGUCCGCCUGGACACAUACGUAACGGAAGCUUUACAGCUUAUUUUUUUCCCACACCGAAACGGAGAACUUAAAGUCUCGCCUGGCAUGCUUAUAAAUGAUGAUCCAAAUACAAAUGCUGGGUGAGGUUCAAAUUUGACUGAGGGUAAUGUGGAAUGUGAUGCAAGCAUAAUGGAUGGUGAUUCUGGAGCAUUUGGUGCUGUAGGGGCAGUGCCAGUUAAUUAUUGGCAGGUGUUAGAAAUGCCAUCCAGAUUGCUGCAUUAUUUAUUAGCCAAGGACCAGCUUUCCGGUUCAACACUGCUGGGUCGGAUAUCCCCCAUGUUUUUGGUUGGUGAAGGUGCACGAGCAUGGGCAAAAUCUAAAGGUGUUGUUCUACCAGGAACAAUAAAAGAAGCUGACAAGGUCUGAUUGGAUGAUAUGCCAUGAAUGACAGGCUGUUUAGGGUUCUACCUCCCGAAGCAUUCUCUUAUCAGUGUGGUUUAGACACGAGAAAAAGGUCCAGGGGAAAGUGAGGCCACCAGUGGAUGGUGGAGGGCAUUCCCUGGGUGGGGGGUAGGAGGACGUGCCCAUCUUCUAAUGUAGCCGCAGGCCCGCAGCACUCGGAUCUUGCCUAGGAACGGAAGGACCAAUGAUGACACUCACUCCGCCAUCUAAGGGUCUUAUGAUACUCAGCAAAAGGAAAUCCUGGCAGAUAGAUGGCCAUGAAGGAGCGAUGUGCCCUGGAGAAUUACUAAAGCUUUUCUGUGAAUGGCGGUUAAAUUAAAAGGAAGGAGAAGCACCUCCCGGACUCCCUUUGAGAGGUGCUGGUCAGGAUUCUGACGCACAGCCAAAGGUUUCUAAUGGCGAUCUUCCUAAUCCGUGUGGUGCACUAUUUGAUUAACUCUGGGAGGUAACGAAGCAGAGAAUACGGAAAGCAUCCAUAUGUGGGGAACUGCCUGGGCUGGGACUUGUGGUCUGUAUUGUUGUUGAGGUAAAUUAGCAUCUCACUCAUGCAAUAGGCACUUAUAAGAAAGCAAGAAGAAAAAAGGGGUGAACAAGAAAAGACAGUUGAAGGUAAGACAAGUGGCAACAACUUAUAUUCCAUGGUCACCGAAUUGUAGAUGGACUAGAUGCCAUAACCUGUAUAAGUAGAAAAUGGGAGCAGAGGGGUUGAACAAGGAAGAGAGGAAGAAGACGGAACCAGAAGAAGAUGAAGGGGUUGCUCUCUCUAUGUAUUGCAUUUGAUCAUACCUUGGUUCUCUGGAUUACUCCAUUUCAUAGUUCACAUGUGUUACGAUGGUUUGAUAAUAAAUGAGAAAAAGAUGGAAGAGGAAGAUGGAAGACAAAGAGGGAGAAGAGGGAAGGGGAUUACUCCAUUAAAAACCAUUGCUUGUAUGCAAUUUGAGUUUGUGUGGGCCAGAUCCUGGGGUGAAGGGAGCAGGGGGGCAGUCCACGGGGAAAUGGGGGCAGUUCCUGGGGAAAGUGGAGGGGAGAGCAGGCCCUGGGGAAAGUGCGGCAAACCAGUGGAUAGUGGAGGGCAUCCCAUGGGCGGGGCGGGGGGCAUGCCUAGUUUCUGAUGCAGCUGCAACACUCGGAACAUGGCUAAGAAUGGAAGGACUAAAAAUAAAAGAAAAGAACUUGUUAGGAGAAGAUAUAAAGCAGAAGAAGAAAAUAAGAGAUAAAGGUAUCAAUUUUUUUAAUGAAAAGAUAGAAUUAGAGCAAGAACAAACAGACAACACCGAAAAAUAUAGAAAAUUAGAAAGAAUGAAAAAUUGAAUUAAACAAGAGGAUGAAGACAGAAAGAAGAAACGUGCGCCAUUCAAAAAUAAGUUGAGAAGCAUUUCCCAGCACAGGCGUGACAAGCGUGCGUCUCAGCUCUUCUUGCGCUUGAGGAAUUAUAAGGUGCUACGCAUGUUUAGCGCCAUUCAAAUAAUAGGUCAAAACAACUUAAACCCAUGUUAAACCCUUCUAAGUCACGGUAAAAGCCUUCUAUCGCGCGUCUUCAUCAUUACUCUCCUAUGCUCUACUCGUGCAACCUGUUCAGCGCUGCAACCACAUCCAACGAAUCAACGAUCAACCCAUUGAAGCUAGCAACUCUUAAGGUUUCUUCUUCCUCAUCAUCUUCCCAUGUUCUUUCUUCUUUCUUUUUCAGAUUGUAGUCAACUCUUAAGGUUUCUUCUUCCUCAUCAUCUUCCCAUGUUCUUUCUUCUUUCUUUUUCAGAUUGUAGUUUUCAUUUAUUUUACCAUCUUCUUGUUGAUCCUUUCUUUUUAUUCUUUCAGUCUAUCUUCUCUCUUUACUUUUACCACUUGCAGUCAUCUAUGCGUACUUUAUAGUUCUCUUUAAACACUUUAUGGUUCUCUUUGCUUCAUCUUAUUAUACAGUCUAUAACUUUAUAUCUUCUUAUCAUCAUUUCAUUUUUUAAUUGUAUAAAACUUCAUGUAAUCUAACUCGGUUAAUAGUUUAACACACUACAAUUUAUGCUACCCGUAGUCCUCAUUUUGCAAAAUCAGCCAAAACAGACCCUGCUCGGUGUUUUGUUUAUGUGAACCAUCCAACCAUGACUUUUUUCUGUGGAUUGUUACUUUGUUAUUGAGAAACAUGACUUUUUAAUGCAUUUAGUUCGAUAUGAUGUUGAAUAUGUCAUUUUUGAUCACUCUAGAAUAGUAUACAUAAUAUUUUCUAAAUAGUGAGCUUGACAUGAGUUAGACAAGUGUUUUUUUGCGCCUUGGGCCUCAAAAGUACUCUAGCGCGUUUUUGACUACCUCGGGGCGGACAGAGUAUGGGAAAAGGGCGAAGCAAGAAAAAAGGAGUAGAAAGGGGAAGAAGAAGGGAGGAAAGGGAGUAUGGGAAAGGGGAAGAAAGGAAAAAUGAGUAGACAGGGGAAGACAAAGGGGGGAAAAGGAAGAAAGCUUAUUAAGUAAUUAUAUUAUUAGGUCUGAUUGGAUGAUAUGUCAUGAAUGACAGGCUGUUUAGGGUUCUACCUCCGAAGCAUUCCCUUAUCAGUGUGGUUUAGACACGAGAAAAAGGUAUUGAUUCAUCUUUUGGAUCAAGUAAGAGAUGUGCUUGCAAGAACUGGUCCAAUUUUGUUAGGCCCAGGGGAAAGUGGGGCCACCAGUGGAUGGUGUAGGGCAUUCCCUGGGUGGGGGGUAGGAGGACAUGCCCAUCUUCGAAUGUAGCCGCAGGCCCGCAGCACUCAAUCUUGCCUAGGAACGGAAGGACCAAUGAUGACAAUCACUCCGCCAUCUAAGGGUCGAUUCCCUUUAAGACAUGUCCAUCUGUAAUGUUUGGUUAUGAUAUGCUUAGAAGGAAGUUGAAAGGGGAGGGAUUAGGAGAAAGGGGGGAGCAAGGAAAAAGGAGCAGAAAGGGGAAGAAGAAGUGGGGAGAGGUGAAGAAAGGAAAUAUGAGUAGAUAAGGGAAGAAGAAGGGGGCAGGGAAGAUAGAUCAAAUUAAAGUUAUAGUGAAGGAAGCAGAUAUGAGGAUUAUACAUAUAUACUUUUAAAAUCUAGUAGAUAUCAAUAAAUUUUGUUGAUCUUUGUGCACCGGCCCAGUUGAUCUCCGAUCGCUGAAUAAAAGGAAAUAGCAGCUUCUUCAUUGGGUAGUUAUCUAUAAUAUAGAGCCUGUUUGCUUAGGGUUAUCCUCUGAAUUUUCUGUAAGAAAAAAGUGUCUGGCAAAACAACACCUUCGAGAAACAAACAGAGCCUAAUUUUUAUCCAUGUUUCACCACACAGAAUUCAUUAUCUGCUUGAAUUCAAUUUUUCAUCCAAAUCUAGAAUUACAUGUGAUGGAUAGUCUACCCGGGGUAUAUAUCCGAAGGGUUACUACGGGGAGUAACUUAGAGAGAAGUCAGAGCAAGUAAGUAAGAGAGAGAGUGUAUAUUCGGUAUGUAUUAAGCGUUUUCAGCGUGGUUACAAAUGGGGAAAUGUGGUGCUAUUUAUAGUAGCAAUAAAUGCCGGGCAGGGACACGUGUCAAGCGCUCAUUGGCCGAGGGGUCACCUCAACUGGUUGGCGCUGGCAGCCGCAUGUGGCCGCAUUUAAUGCGGCUGUUGGAUGGGACGUCUGUGCAGAGUACGGUGAUCUGUACGCAUGUGAGGCGGAUAUCUUGUCGAGCGAGAUGCCUUCGGCUAUAGAGCAGUAGCCGAGGGCUCUUCCUCCCGAUGGCACCCCUGGUGCCGAGGGCUCACAGUGCCGAGGGCUACUGUUUUAGUCGUUUUCUCCCGAUUUCUUAGUUUGCUUGAGAAAACCCGUUCUGUGAGAAUUUGGAGCCUUCGGCCAGGGGGCCGAAGGCACCCCUGCGCGUUGUGCAGACUGCUUGGUACUCCGGGCGCUGUGAAUUGGGCCUUCUGGGCCUGUUGGGCCUUUGCUGGAGUAGUGGGAGUCUGUGGGUCGGGGGUUCCCCGGGCCAUAUACUCCAUCAGGAGUCCCUCACUCCUUUUGCCGAAAGGUACUUGAGGGAAAAGGAGUAAUUUGUGCUCGCCCCUUGAUGUUAUCCCGUUGUGAUCUCUGAAGUUGGUGAGGAGUUGUUGCUUUUAUGUCCCUGGCGAAGGCAGUCCCUCAGUUACCCACAUGUCGGGACUUGAGGGCUUGCUUUGUUGUUUGUUGGAAUUUCACAGAUUUUGUAAUUUAAUGAUUUUCCUGAAGGGGUCCUCCAGUCCCCCACUCCUUGAGGCACUUGUAAAGUGGUGAAAAGGAGUGAAGUAGUUAUGUUGCUGUUGUGGGCCGAAGGCUGACGCUCUUCGUUUCAUUUUGGGGGAUGCCUCGUUAAAAACCUCAUUAGGAAAAACCCUUUGGGAAAAAUAUUAAUGAGGGAAAAAGAGUGCACCGAAUUCCCCCAAUGAUGAAGCGAAAAUGUCAAACCUUGGCAAAAAUGGAGAAUGGCGGGAAUGCCGAAGGCUCUCUCUUCUGAGGGCUCCUGUGUUGAUUAGCCGAAGGCUUGCUGUUGAUGUCCUGGUGGUGCUGAAGGGGAGCCCCUCAAUCCAGGGACCGAGGGCCUGCCAGAUGAGGGCAGCAGUGAAGUUGUUACCGGGGGGCCCACUGUUUGUUGAUGAGUUGGUGAUGAAGAUACCCGAGGGCUCCCAUUACCUGUGUGCCAUGGGCCAUCCGUCAAUGAGGCACUCCCCGGGGGCUACCCGGUUUUGUAGUGCUGAGGGGGAAGCCCCGAGGUGUGCCCUGAUAUGCAGCCCUAGGAUCUGAAGGGGUGAUCCCGAAGGCUUAUGUAAUGUGCUGUGUGGGGCACAACCCGGGGGCACUUCUGGGUGAGUGCACCCGGAGGCUAUCUUUGAUGGAGUGGAGUGAAGUACAAAACCCGGGGGCUUCCAAAAUAUAGUCGUUGGAAAUAUGGCCGUUGGAAUAUGUAACGACAGGAUAUAGCCGUUGGGGGGGGGGGGUGGCACACGUGGCGUGUGAAGGCUGGUUGUCCGUGGGCGGCGUCACCGGUUGGGUGAAACGGCGGUGUGUAAUGAUGGCGUCCAUCCGGAGGCCCGGAAUCCAGGCCCAAGCCCGGAUUCAUCGCCUAUAAAUACCUCAAGGCCAGGCGUUCCUCCGUGUGCGAUAAACUUGUUAGCGAAGCUCUGUCAAUUUUUCUAGAGAGAGAAAGUUCAGCCUUCGGUCAAAACUCAGCUUCCGAGGUCAGUGCUCCCUGCCUUUCUCCUUCUAACAUAGCUGUACUGUGCCCUUAGUUUAGGAGAUAGAAUUCACUAGGAACCUUAGUUCCCCCGAACCCUCGAGCUAGAGUGUAGAAUGUCGUCCCAGAGUGACUCUCAGGACAUCUCGAGGACGCCCUCGAUGGAGGACGAAGGCAUCUCCGACGUGGAGUCCAGCAGCAGUCAGCCCUCGGAUGGUGGUGAUGUAGCCCUCGCCACUGAGGUGCAGAAGGAUCUGACGGCCGAGGCCGAGGCGGAGGAAUUCGAGCGGACCGCGGAAGAUGAGGAGUUAGUCCUCGCCGUCCAGGUUGCUGAGGAGGAAGAAGAAAAGGAGAGGGCGAAGGUCACUGUGGCCGUCCUUCCCCCUCGGGGUGCUGGUGAGGCCGGUACCUCCCGGCCGUUGAACGCAGUUCCCCUCCGGGUGGCCCCCGGGAUGAAGAAGAGAAAGACGAAGGCCGCCCCUCAGAAGAAAACAAAGACCGUCGAUCAGGGGGGGCCAGUUGAUCUACCGGAGGGUUAUUCCUUCCUGGACACCGCCGCUCUGGAGAUCAAGUCCCAAGCUGACAGGGCGGACAUCUAUAUCACCCAAUUGCAUGUAGGGCCCUCAGCCGUGGUAGUCGAGCCAGGUCCCGAUGACGUGCUGUCGCGGCCCCCCGAGGGAUGUAUAGCCGUGCACGUGCUUUCGGUCUCAAUGGGCCUCCGGUUCCCUCUCCAUCCGUUCCUCCGGGAGUACCUGAGGUACACCGGCCUGGCCCCCUGCCAAUUGACUCCCAACAGCCACUCGUACAUAACGGGGUUUGUGAACCUGUGCAAACUCCGGAAGGUUACACCGAGCCUGGAGUUAUUCUUCCAAAGCUUCAACCUAUGCCGGGGGGGACAUACAAAUGCUGAGGGCUAUGCGAACUUACAACAGAUAGCCCAGUUCAAGCUGUUCACUGAGGCCCCCUCUUCCAACAAGGGGUGGAGAGAGCGAUGGUGCUUCAUCAGACUGGCCGACAGCCCGUUCCCGAGGGAGUUGCGGAAUUGCUUUCGGCGCCAUGUGAAGGCCAAGAGUGCCGCCCUCGAGAAGGAUGGCCUGAAGAUUGCAAAGAUUCCCGAGGGUCGGGAAAAGAACGUAACCAUCAAGGAGUGCACCCUCGAGGAGGACCUGUAUACCCUCGGAUUCCUGAUGUAUCGGUUCAUUGGGGAGACCGAUGAGAAAUAUCCCCUCUACGAUAAAGCCUUCGUGGGAGCAGGAGGUAGUGGCCGGGGGCUUUACAUUUUCGUACUUAGAGAUUUUUUUGUUAUGUUUGUUGUCAUGUGUUUGACCCCUCGGUUCUAACCUUUCAACUUGUUGCUGUCGUUCUUUGCAGGUAGCAGGAUGAAUGCCAACGCCUUGUUCGCGAAGAGGAAGGGCAAGACCCAGCAAAAGGAGAAGGGGCCCUCGGGCCAGAAGCCAGUUGACGCGCUUUUCCCGAAGGCCAUAGAGCCUUCCGCCGGGAACGCCCAUGCUGUUGUGGGGACCGGGGGGUCGAAGGCCGAGGCGGCCGCUAAGAAGAAGAGGAGCGACAAGGGGGUGGAGCCCCCUACCAAGAAGCAGAAAGGCGCCGGGGGUGCUGUCGGGGGGGCGGCCCCCCUCAUAGUUAUUGAUGACAUGCCAGCUGCUGGUGAGCCUCUGGCCUCGGUCCCCCCGAAGGAUCCGGUAAAUCCCCCCCGGGCGGAAUCACCCCGGGAGAUCCGUCAGCUCUCCUUUGCCCCCGACGCGUAGUUGAUGCACGGCACUGCCGAGCCGAAGGCCUUCCUGCGGGGCAUCACCUCGAAGAUGGACAGGGAAGUCUUCGAGACCUACGAUGACGAUGCCCUCGAGAACAGGAUCCUCCGGUCCUCGCUCACUGCCUGCAUAGCCCUCGGGGAACAGGCCCGGAGGCGUGAGGAAAGGCGUCUCCACGAGGCUGCCCAGGAUAAGAAGGUGGAGGGGCUGAUCCGUAAGAACUCUGAGGCAGUGAAGCAUGCUGCCCAGCUGGAGGAGGCCCUUCGGGAGGCGAAGGCGGCGGCGGAGAAGGCCAAGGCUGAUGGAAUAGCCAAAGGCAAGGCAGAGGCCGAGAGGGCCGCUGCCGAGGCGGCGAAGAAAGCCGCCGAUGAAGCCCAAACUGCUAAGGAGAGAGCUGCGGCCGAGGCCCGAGGGGAGGCAGUUGCGGAGUUCCUUGCUGAGGGCUGGAGGGCCGAGGGCCACAAGGAGUGGGUUGCCUCCGUGGUGGCAGCCUCGGUGGAUGCUUGGGUUGAAGUCCCCGGGGUAGACUGGCUGACCGAUAGGGGCGACGCCUACUAUCAGGGGGGUGAGUUCUUUACCCAGCACCUGAUAUACCGGAGGCUCGCCAGGCACUUCGGCGUAUCCCUCGAACAAUUUGACCCCUCGGUAUAUGGCCUCCCUCCGUUGCAACCAGAUGUUAGAGUUCCCCUCCCCCCGGGUGAAGAGCGGCCAACAAUCUAUGAUUCUGUGAUGAUGGGGGGUGACGGGGUUGGAGCCAUCGGGGGUGAUGCUGCCGGAGAAGAAGUCUCCUCCAAGGCUGUCGGGGAAGAUGCCCCCGGUGACAACGAGGCUGAAGCCGUCGAGAAGAUUAUCACUUAGUCAAAUCUUUUCUUUUUAAAAAAACCUUGUAAUGAAAUUUUUGUUGCCCCUCGGCCUUGGCCACACUCUGUAAUGAUCAUAUUGACUAUUUUUGUGUUGUAAUUGAAUGAUUGCCUUCGGGCUUGGUGUAUAUGAUAUGCUUCCUUCUGAUC